CCGUGACGUACGACUUGCACUUCUUUCGUUCCGGUCUAGUCUUUUCACUUUUGCUUUUUCAUUUUGCUACGACGACUACUCCGACGACGGCGACUGACGCAGACAUCGAGUGCGCAUACAGACGAGGCAGCGAAGAAGCAAGGAAGCAAGGGAGCCGAAGGAAGCAUCGCCUGCAUCUUAGAAAUGGACCUCUUCGUCGUCGCAUAGAAGAGACGGGAGAGGCGCCAUCACUAGACCGACAGUCUUUCAUGGCCCUGGGCGCCGGCCGAGGCCAAAUGACGGGCGGAGACGGAGGGACAGGCGCUCGGCGAGCCCUGUCCCCGCUCUUGGCCGCACUUCGGUCUCCAUUGCAAUUGCGUCCAGCCGCUCUCGGUGGCUCGUCGCUCGCCACUGCGACGAGAGCAAAGAUGGCGAGAGAGAAGUCCUCUCACUUCGGCGUGCUCGCCUACAAUGGCUGCCUGUCCGCAUCCAGGCGCGCCUGGGCGCUUUGCGUCGCCAUCUGGUACAGCGCUUUCUGGCGUACCUGGACGGCCACAAUCAUGAUGGCCACCCUCGGCCUCUUCGUCUGCUUUACCGCCCUCUACUUCUUCGUUCAGUCGGGCUCCACACGGCAGAUUGACUCGCUCUUUGAGCUCAGCCAAGGUCUGAGCAACGGCAUCAAUGUUGCCGAGCUCGAGCUGGACUCGGACGAAUACGAAUUCGAAGAUGACAGCGACGCAGAGACUGCCCACGACCCCGGCUCGGGCGGGCUCACGAGGCCUCUCCGUCGCGUCUUUAGCCUCGGCCACGGCCAUGGCCAUCGGGGCACGCUGAGCAAGGAGGGAGCCGCGGUCAAGCGACACAGCAGCCUCGUGAGAAUCACCAGCUCCGAUCCCAGCUCGAGCUUGAGCAGCAGCCCGAUCCAGCUCGAGCUCGACACCCGCGGAGGUCCUUCGACGGUCAUCUCCAAACCUCUCCUCUCCGGCAGCGCAGCGACCGAGCACGGCUCCUCUUCGUCGGCCGUGCAAGUUCGGCCGGGUUCAUCCUCCUCUUCUUCCACGGCCUCUUCGUUGCUCGCAAGGAGAAGAAAGGAGAGUGGGAAGUUGGCAAGCGGCAGUCCCUCGCGACAGCAGCACACGGCCCGCUUGCCGGGUCGACACCACGAAGCAAGCCCGCGCGUGGCUUCGCCCAAACGUAACCCCGGUAUCUUGGCCGCCAGGGACGGGGAACGAAACCCGUUGCAGGAGCUGCAGCGCUCGAGCGACGAAGCAUACAAGGACAUGCCGCUCCUGUCGAGCUCGCCCAAUUCGACUUCGAGCACCUUUGCCUCUGCCGACUCGGGCGACGAGGCGGCCAGUGCUUCUGCUGCGCCUCGAUCGAUUCUCAAGCGCAAGCAGGAGCUGUGGUCGAGCCUGCCGGACAUCGCCAACUCACUGCCGUCGCCCAACAUGCUCUAUCCUUCGAGCCAGGGACUGUUUCCAGGCCUGGCGUGGUCUGGCAGUGAUCACCAGCAGGGCUUUCCUUCCACGCCAUCGCCCUAUGGCUCCUUUGCACGGCCACCUCCUUCGCCGCCGCCGUCGCAACCGCCGCCACAACCACCACCACCAGCACCGACUUCUUCGUCGACCUCUGCUUCUGCCGGUGGUGGGGGAAUGAACCGUCCGCCCGUUCCACCGCCUCCGCCUGCUUCGUUCUUUUCGCGCCUGCCUCCGGGUGCAAGGCAGCCCUCCUUCCGGGCCUCCACGCCGAGGCUGGGAACGCUCUCGCCCGCCCAGGCAAGAGCAGCAUGGCCCUCGCAACGGUUCAGGAGCAUCAAGCUCGUCGAGCCCAGCUGGGAGCCAUACGUCGAUGUUCACGAGAGGGCUCGCGAGAGACUUGAGACGGCUGCCAGGCUGGCCGGUGGGCAUCCUCGAGCGGCCUCAAGCCCUUCUCUCCCCCUCAUGCCCUGGGACGACAGCGACGACGACCAAGAGGAGGAAGCGAAGAAGGAGGGAGGAGAGGAGGAGGUAGUGGUUGACGACAGAGGUGAUGUACAAAGGCGUAAGGCGAGCAGAAGAGCCAAGGGACGGUGUACAAACGACGAUGCAGAGUUUUGGUUCGAGAGAUAUACUCGCAGUACAGCCGCAGCCGGCAAGGACUGGGAUUGGCGAAAGCGGAGAACGAGACAGAGGGCUCAGGCCGCUGCAUCGAUGUCUGCUCCAUCUCCGAAUUCAUCACACUGGUCGGCCAACAACGGCAACGAACAGAAUGGCGUCUUUCAGGGCUCCGACAGUCCCCGGAGGAUGAUGGGACCGCCUCCUGCUCUGCAGCUGAACGGCCUUGGAGGAACAAUGCACCAAAGCGGCAACGGCGACGGGUCGCCAAGCUCGGAAGCGAGGAGGAGACUGGCGUAUCAGCAGGCACCCCUCGUCUCCUUCUCUCAGGACGAGCUGCCGAACCGGCCCGAAUUGGCCAUCAAUGUGGCAACGAACCGUAAAGAUCAGCAGGUGGGCGGGCGCACCUCACCCUCAAAAUCUCCCAACGGCAACGACAAUCCAUCGUCGCCAUUGUCAAAGGCCUUCAAAUCGCUCUUGAACGGCGGUACUUCUUCUGAGGUGCCCGAUUCGCCGUCCUUAAACAGGCGCAGUAGCCUGCAGCCCGACAGCGAGUGGUCAGAGGGCUUGCACGGAAGAAGUUCGCCUCCGCCUCAGCAAAGCUCGGCAGUGCGACUGCGCAAGGGAGUCAACAAGAUGAUGAACCGAUCUUCUACCGUGGAUGGACCUCUGUCGACCGCCCCUCCUUCUGCGCCGGACGAGUCACCGCGGAGGUCAAGACGGGUCUCGGAGACGGAGUCAAAGGACGCCGACGAGGAUUCCACUGUGCCGAGCCUGCCAAGCCGAAUCAGCAGCCUUUCGCCUCGCAAUAGGCUCAACAGCCUGCGAGGCAUGACAAAGAAGGAGAGGGGUGCCGUUUUGACUGCGCAGCUGCUCAAGGAGGCAGAGGCCGUGGGCACCGAUGACGACGAGGAGGACGACUUCCGUGAUCAUGCUUCUUCCGACCAGGCAAGUAACUUCGCCGACAUACCCCAGGGACGUGGUGAGGAGCAAGACGGGGACAGGCCGCUGCCGAGGGGUGCUUUGGGUCUGCGACAUUCCAGCAGCUCAAGCUCAAUUCCGCUUGCCGAGGGCAGAGGCAACAGCACCGUCGGUGCCGGCAAUGAAGGCGGCUGGAGCAGUGCAGACGCCUACGGUUUGGCUUCCUCCUCUUCUUACUCUUCGUCUUCGUCGCCCCCAAUGGUCGGAGGAAUCCAAGCAGCGGGCGUCUUUGGAGACAUUCCCGUCUUUCUCUCUGCGUCACCGCCCGAUGACGAUGGUGCCAGGCGCCGUCAAUCUUCCAACCCUCGAGCAGCUGCUGGGCGUGGCUUACCAGUCCAACAGGCUCAAAUGUCCGACGGCGGCAGCAGCAGUGUCCAAGGCCUCAAUGCCGGCGCACAGGCCUUCCCACUCUUCAACGGCGGCGAGCCCAUGGCGAAGAAAUCUUCGAGCAGAGGCUCUUCGACGGGCGAGGGCAACCCCCCUGUCAUGAUACCCGCACGUCGCCGGACGGGCUCUCGCAAGGGGAUCCUGUCGAGCGCGACGUCGGCCUCUGCCUCUCCCGCGAGAGCCUCGCCCGAACGCAAAGCGGCAAACCGAGACUCGAUGGGACGGGCAAUGACGGAGGCCCGAUCGCCUCACCCGACGCCGGCCAUGCAGCCUGAGCCGGCCCCUCUGCAGAUGGCCAACCGAGCCAGGUCGGCGAGCAUCAACAAGCAGGAACGCCUCGAACCUGCACCUGCCCGUUCUUCGCCCUCUGUGUACCAACAACAGAUAAUUCGGUCGCAAGCCACGAUGAAGCGCUCGUCCGCCGCGCAACCGACGUCGGCAGCAGCAACAUCUCGGGAGAACUGGCUGAACGCCUAUGCGACUGGCGAGGCGCAGCAGCUGGCAUCGUCGUAGUAGCUACUUGGCCCUUUGCAAAGUAUACCUCGCGCCUUCAAGUGAUCUUGCACAUGUGCAUGCAGCCGCACCCCAAUGCGUCUUUUGCCUUCUUCUUGUCUGCUGCUUUGUGUCGCAGUACUGACUCGUCUCUACCCGCGGACCUUGCGCAUUAUACCUUUUCCUCUCUCUCUCUCGCUUCUUGACCUCGAUCUCCCACUCUUUCUCGCUCUUUAUAUCACAUCACCGCCUCUCCUUUGCGAAUACCACAAAUUGAAAGAAGCACAGACAAGAUU